GCCGGAUGGCAGCUACCAGCCCCGAAAUCGUCUGCGCCGACGACAUGAUGGGCCCAUCCCAUGGGGGGCCGGCCACCACCACGAUCAGCACUAUAGCAGUGCAGUCCGGCAACACACGGAUAGUGAUCGCUUUGCUUCAGAGCAAAGAAUGGAUUCAGCUGAAGAUACAAGAAAUGCAUCCUGCCAUGACGGACAUAGGAUCAAAUCUGAGAGAAGCUACAGAACUACAUCAGCAACACGAAAAAGUCCUGGAAAAAUUACAGACAAAACAGAGUCCUGUGGAGGAACUACUCAGGCAAGCAGAUGACUUAAUUUCAACACAAAAGCCCAGAGGCGAAGUCUAUUCCGCUAUGGCGGAAAAUCUAGGCCUAGCCUGGAAAGAUUUAAAUGCCCAAUUAGAACAGAGGCGACAAAUUUUAGAGCAGGCUGUUGCUUUUUUUUCGAAAGCAGAACAGUUUGUUGAUAGCUUAGAAAUUGUGAAAAAGAGCGUUUCUGAAACAUUCCUGCCGAAUACAGCAGAGUCCACAACAGCGCUGUUGAACCGGCUCAAAGAAGAGAGAAAAGGUGUGCUGUCCAACUCCAUGCGUUUGUUGAGUGAGGGUCAACUGUUGCUGGAACGCCUGUGUGAAGUAGCAACUCAUAGUAUGGGAGAUUCCCGCCCUCAGCACAUGGAACACGCGGCUCGCAGCACGGCUUCUUUCGUGGAGAGGCACAUGGAAAGCUUGCAAGACCGAUGGCGCCUUUUAGAGUCUCUCUGGAAUCAGAAAAAAAUGCAACUGGAGCAAUGUCUGCUGAAGUGCAAACUGGAAGCACAACUUGAAGAGAUUGAAAACUGGCUUCGCAUCAAAGGUCUUGAGUAUACUAAUGAAAGGAAUUUAGGCGAUUCUUUAGCUUGUGCAGAAAUAUUGCAACACGAGCAUCAAAAAGCUGAGCAUGAAUGCAAAGAUAAACAAGAGCACUGCCUCAGGUUGGUUAAGUCAGCCGAAGAUUUGCACACGAAAGGAAAUUAUGCUGGUGAAGAACUAAGAAGUCGAGCAUAUCUUUUGCUGUCAGACUGUGCCGAACUGGUCUCGGUUUUGGAACAAAGACAAUUGCUUUUGGCGAAUUCUGUCAGCUUCUUUAACAAGGCGCAGACGGCUCAAACGAAACUCGAUCAAAUCGAAAUUCAUUUGUCAACUAGCGAAACUCCUGCCUCAUCGAGCACAGUUGAAGAUAUUGCAAAUCCAGCAAUAGAAGAAGGCCGCCACAUUUUGAGUUCGACAGGAAUCACUGAAUCAGGAGCUCAAGGAAUUUUACGAAAAGUAGAAGAAUUAGAAGCCAAGAAGAAGCAUUUAGUUAGUUUAUGCAAAGCCAAGGAAUCAGCAGCGUCAGAAAAAUCUUCUGCGUUUAGGAAAUUCUGUGAGAAAUAUGAUGAACUUAUAAAGUGGUUGUCCAACAAUGGACAGUUUUUCAUUCAGAGAACUCGGGACAUCGGUACGACCCAGACAGCCGCAAAAUGUUUCGUCGAUCAGCAUGAGUCCUUGCAGAAUGAUUUACGGAUGAAAGGCAUGGAGAUGGAAGCUCUGUUAAAAACUGUUCCCAACUUGGUGCGUUCAGGCGGUGAAGAAGCCGAAGUGGUGCACAGUAAAUCUGAAAACUUGCGGCAGCUAUGGUCACAGUUGAGGACAGCGCUGGAGAAGCGAAUUUUAAUCAGUCAAAAAUACGCAGCCUUUUUGAAACUAGCCACAAAGGUGACGAAAGAAAUGGAUGACUUAGAAUCUUCAGUUAAACAGGCUAUAGAAUCUCCAAAUCCGACCAUUGUAAGGGGUGUAGAAGAGAAACAGCUCUCGAUUCGACAAGAAUUUUUACAACUAAACAACAAUGGGAAGAACUUUAUAGAAGACGCUCGCAAGGUUGAUGACCCAUAUUUGAAUAUGUCCCAACCAUGCUCAACAGUGGAAGACAUCCUGAAUCGCCUGGAACUUCGUAAUACAUCUCUGAAUACUCUAUGGCUUAAUUUCCAGAACGAGAUGAGUGCUACGAAAGAGACUCUCCUCCAAUGGGAACACCUUAUCAGAGACUCGAACAGGGUCAUAAAAUGCUCCCAGGAACUGGAGCACAAGAUGUUUCCUGUUAUUCCUGCUGAACUGAGCAGAGUCGAUUCCAUUUUACCUUUCCUUGAAAACCGCAUGUCUGUUCUUGUUCCACAAAUAAAGUCCGUUCAGAAAGAAAUGGAGAGUUUUCUAACAAAAUCUGAAGCACUAGAUCCAAAGGAUGAUCCACACCGCGAAGGUCGACAGAUUCUACAGAACUUGAAGGACAUGAAUCAAAGUUUUCAGAAGAAACUUACAGACUACCAAAUUUUACUUUCCAUGAUGACUACGUUCUUUAAAAACUUUGAAGAGCUGGAGAAACUAGUCGAUCUACAGGAAUCUCAGUUCAAAAUGAAUAUGUUACCUGCGGACGUACCUAAAGUAGAAGUGUUAUACCAUGAUCAUUUUUCCAAUAAGAACACGGUAAUGGAGCUAUUUAAAUUCAGCGAUACUGAAGCACAACAGUUGAUCAAGAAGAUAAAUGAAUCUGAACCUGCAACUGCUGCAACUCAAGAUAGAGAAAAAAUCCUGCAAAUUCAAUCAACAAGGAAAGCAAGUUUCGAAAGAGCGUGGGAAGAUCACAAAAACAAACUGGAGCAACACAAGCAACUAUGUAUGUUCAACAGAGAUAUGCAUCUGAUAAACCAAAGGAUCGAGGAACAAAUGAGAGAGCUUGCAUCCAUACGAGAAAGUUAUGGCGAUUCUCUUGUCUCUGCCCGGCACACGUCUGAAACUUUUGAAAAAUUCGAAAAGUAUAUCACGACUUUGGAAAUAUGCAUCCGAGAAUUCGUCAACACUGCUGAGCAAUUGAUGUAUGAUCAAAGAGUGGAUUCCAGCCAACUACAGCCGGAGAUUCAGACAAUGCAAAAGAAGUUUUCCACAUUUAGGGCUGAAGUAGGUAAUCAUCGAAGACUUAUCGACGUUGCUGUAGAGUACUACAAGACCGUUGAAGAGGCUGAAGAAUGGCUGAAAGAAGGAAGUCGACUACUAAUUUCAGUUGCGCGCAAAUCAUCAAGCUGUACAAAGGAGUCAGAUGCUGAAGAACUGCAAAAAGAAGUUCAAGAUUAUUUGAAUAAAGGCAGAAAUAAGCAAGAGGAGAGGAUGAAAAAAAUAUCGACGUUAUCCACACAACUUUUUGGAAAUAGACCUCAGCAGUCUUCCGAGAUGAUUUCAUCGAAGCACAAAGAGAUGAUGGAUUCUUUCUCGGUAAUCAGGACAGAAUUGACUACCCUCACCACCAAUAUCAAAAUCACACAACAAACGAAGAUUGUGGAACAGAAAGGAAAAGAAGAGAUCGACGCUGUGCUGCACGCUGCACAGGCCGAAGCCGAAGCUGCGAAAGCUGCUGCGGCUGCGGCGCUGCAGGCGGCAAGGACCGCUGAGGCAGCGGUCGAGGCCAUCCCUUCGCGGACGCCCGAGCCCUCUCAAAGGGCACCCCGCUUUCUCAAAAGACUCGCGGACGCUGAAGUGCCGGAGGGAACCAAGUUCAUGUUCGAAUGUGAAGUGGAAGGCUUACCUGCGCCGCAGGUUCAAUGGUUUAAGGAUGGUAUUUUAGUUGAAAAUAAUCCAGAUUAUCAAACAUCUUUCGAAAAUGGAAUCUGCAAGCUUACCAUUGAGGAAACCUUUUCUGAAGAUACUGCUACAUUUACUUGCAGAGCAACGAAUCCUGCUGGGGUGGCAGAAACUCAAAGCCGUUUGGUUGUGAAAGAGUCUCGUCCUCAAAGUGAGUUGAUUCCGCCACAUUUUGUGCAAGAGCCAGUAGAUGCGUCUGUUACCCAAGGCGAGCCGUAUCAGAUGGAGUGCCACGUGUUCGGCAAUCCUCUGCCCCUCGUUUCUUGGUUUAAAGAUGAUGUUUGCAUUGACAACUCUACGGAAUAUUUUGCUUUGUGUAACAAUGGUUAUUGCACUCUGCGCAUCGAUGAAGCUAGUGCAGAACAUCAAGGCCGCUACACGUGUCGAGCUGUCAAUCCUGUCGGUCAAGUUGCCUGCAGUGCCAAUUUGACGGUCACUUCGGCUCUCCCGUCUGAGCGUCCUUGCUUCCUCACUCCUCUGUCGAACGUAAUGGCAAGAGCCGGACAGAAGUUGAGGCUGGAGUGCACCGUGACAGGGCAACCAGAACCACAGAUCUCCUGGUUGCAUAACUCAAAGCCCAUCAAAGAGACACGAGACUCGAAGUUCCACUUUGAUGGUCGGAAUGCUACUUUAGUCAUUACUGAAGCCUUCCCCAAAGACGCAGGCACUUAUACUAUUAUAGCCCGAAACAAAGGAGGAGAAACAGUGUCAUCUUGCAAUGUGUCGGUGAAAGGACGUUUGCCACUAGAAACGUCGGAUUCUGAAAUUGCGUCAGACAUUGAGCCUGCAAAACCUCAAGUUAAGCAACAGCUAGACGACCAAACGGUAUUUGAAGGCAACAAAGUGCGUAUGGAUUGUGUCAUCGUUGGACAACCCGAACCGGAAGUCAUAUGGUACCACAAUGGAAAGCCCGUAAAGGAGUCCGACGACUUCCAGUUGCUGUUCGAGGGUGACCGCUGCACGUUGAUCAUCAAGACUGCUUAUCUUGAAGAUGCGGGAACCUAUAAAUGUGUGGCCAUUAAUUCUGGGGGUGAAGCUUCUAGUAUUUGCCAGCUUAAAGUUGAACCUGUAACAGACACAAUCCAAAAAAGUGAAUUUAGUCAAAAGGAUAUUUUAAUCAGCGUGGAACGGCUUGAGCCUCCGAAGUUCUUGAAACUCCUUGAGAGUAGCGUCGUGACAGAAGGAAUGGAUGUGGUUCUGGAGUGCAAGGUCAUUGGAGAACCUGAAGCAGCUCUGUCGUGGCACAAAGAUGGGCAACAGAUUGAAGAUUCCGUCAAGUAUAAGAUUGAAAAAGAGCUAUCUGGUAUUUCCCGCCUCAAGAUUUUCCAUGCAGAGCCGAACGACCGGGGAGCUUAUUCUGUAAAGGCCCAAAACAAGGUUGGCGAAGCUCAGAGCUUUUGCACGUUAUCUGUGAUGCCUACCCCACCGAAGUUUGCUCAGCCACCUGCUGAAGUGCCGCCUACAUUCUUACAACAUGUGGAGAACCAGGUGCUGCCUGUCGGUCAAAGCACGCGCUUUGAGACAAUAGUGGAAGGAACACCCACGCCACAGGUUCGAUGGAACUUUCUUGGGAAACCCGUGCCGAACGAUCAUCACCACGAAGUCGGACAAGAUGGAAAGAAACAUUGGUUGAUUCUGAAGAACUUGGAAAAGAAACAUUCUGGAAGAUAUUCGGCGGUAGCUGAAAACAACGCUGGAAUUGCAACUACUUCUGCUUUACUUACAAUAGAAGAGCCAGUGGAAAUAUCAGAUUCAUAUUUCAACGAACAGAGGGCACAGUCCACGGUUAUGACGAAAAAGGAAACAAUAAUGCAAACAAGUACUAUAAGCUCAAUGCCAGAGGUGACGGACAUAGAUUUUCAGCCACCAGAAUUUCCUUCUUUUUCAUCUCUUCAAAGUCAGGAACUCGUCAUGCGCGAAGAGUCUUCUUUCAAUCAGCAACUACCAACUACACCGAGCACCCCUCCGAAAUUUGUUAAGCCAGUUUCCACAGCUGUUGUCACUGAAGGAGAAAAAUUACUUUUAGAGGCUCAAUACGAUGGUGUUCCAGAGCCAACUAUUCAGUGGUUUAAAGAUGGUGUAGAGUUAAGAAACAAGUCAGGUGUUUUGAUAUCAAAAACCGGAGGAAAUAGUACGUCGCUUUUCGUAUUGACAAGUUCCGAAUCCGACAGCGGUCGGUAUUCUUGCGUUGCUUCAAAUGAAGCUGGAAAGGCGACGAGUGUAGCUGAUGUACGAAUAAAACCUUAUCGAGAGGCACCAAAGUUCAAGCGUAAACUGCAAGCAUCCAUUGUACCAUCAGGCAGCAGAGUGACAUUGGAAGUAGAAGUGACCGGUGUACCACAACCCGAAGUUAAGUGGCUGAGGAAUGGAAACCAACUUCAAGAUAGUCCGUAUUUCCGUGUGUCUUCCAGCGGCAAUAUUCAUACAUUGCUUAUUAGUGAGGUUUUCCCGGAAGAUUCUGGAAGCUAUACGGUAGUGGCGUCGAAUGUUGCGGGUGAAGCUAGGAGCCUUGCUGAUUUAGUAGUUGAAGAAGAAAAAAGUCCCGACGAAGAAAAACAUAUUUCAUAUCAGGAAUUUUCGUCUAUACAGCAAAAAAGAGAAAUGUUUACCAAAAUAUCUCUAAACCAGGGAUCAAAGCUUGAACCUUAUCAAAUAGCUCCUGAGAAAGUAACAGCCAUAGAACAAGUUCCAAUGAAAACACCAUCACCUCCUCCUAUACCAGCAGUGUCAGCCAAGGUAUGGACUCAACCGAAACCAGAACCUAUCUCAUCUGUGAUUACCGAAGCUCAAGAGCCUAUCCUUGUUCCAGAUGUUAUCGAAGAACUAUUUCCUGCACAGACUGAGAUGGUACCUGUUGUUUCCGAAAUUUCCAUUCCUGAGCAACUUCCAACUGAAACGAUAUUUGGAAAUGCUCCUGGGGUAUCUUCGAUGUCCGAGAGUUUUGUUAAGCAAUCCAUCAUGAAAUUUUCUCAGCCAGACUUAAAUAAAAUAUCUCAAACGGCAGAAAAAAGCAUAAAAAUCGCGUCACAAAGCCAAACGUUUCAACCAGUGCUUCAGAACGGCUUCGAUUCCGAAAUGAAAACGACCGAGUCAUUCUCGAGUGUGAAACAGAACACAUUUAUAUCGGAAUCUAAAUCCUUUUCCUCGUCAACCUCUAUGUCUACUCAAAAAACUGCUUACGUUCCUACGCCUUCUAAAUUUGUUCCUAAACCAGUAGAGUACGUGCAAAAACAAGAAGAGCCAGAAACGAAAUUUGCUCCUGUUUGGAAACCGCCAACGGAAACCAAGCAAAUGUGGCGAAAAGUACAACCCCCUGACAUCAAUUUAUCUCCCCAAAAAACCUUUGAAUCUAAGUCUUCAUCAACAGAGUCACCGCUAUGUGUCACUGCUAGCACGAUCACAGAAAGAACUAUGGAAACUAAAUCUUCAUCAACCGAUGCUCCAUUAUGUGUUACUGCUAGUACAGAAACCGAAAAGAUGGUUGAAACAAAAUCUUCAUCCACAGAUGCCCCACCAGUUUUUACUGCUAGCACAGGUAUCCAGAACACGAUAGAAACUAAGUCUUCAGCCACGGAAACCCCACCAUGUGCAACGGACAGCAAACUCGUAGAAACUGAUUCUAAGAUAGUUUCUAGCACUUCUUGUCAGACGGCGUUAGGACCAUCUUCUUUUUAUUCUACCGAAUCAUCUACUACUACUCGGACUUCGUACUCAAAAGAAGAAAUUUCAAUCACGAAAAAAUAUGAAACGGUUGUUGAGCAUGCGUCAGAUAAGUUGUCUUCUUCACCAGUGGAAAUUGUUUCUAAAAUUGUUCCCAAACCUAUAAUAAAGAAAGAACCUCAUGAUGGCCCAAAACCGAAAAAAGAAGUUGUUAUUGAAGAAGAACCUGUAGUUGGAGCCGAAGUUAAGCCACCUCAUUUUUCUAAGGUGAGGGGUGCAGAAUCUUUACGGAAGAUUUUCACAGAAUAUUAGUAGUAGUUGUCCUAGACCAGUGGUUGCCAACCGGAGUUUUUAUUUUUGUUUGCUAGGUUUUUAUUGAUGUUGAAUUUAAAGGUAAAAAUUUUCACGUCGCUUUGUUUUUCUUUUUUCUUUUUUUCCCAAAAUAAAAAUUAUUGUAUG